UGAUCAAUAAAGCAAUCUGAAAAAAACGGAAAACCUUUUCACAACGGUGAACAACGGCGCGGUGGGUCACGUGACAUCUGCUGCUGCUGGUCUGAGCGAGGCGUGUUAGCAGAUUUUUUUCUAUUUUGUACAUACAUUGUUUUGUAUAUACUGUAUAUGAUGACUUCUUUGGUCAGCAAUCAAACCCGGGGGACACGGGACAGAACGCUGCCCACUCCCACCACCACCACACAAACCCCACAGCCACAGAAACACAUACAGGCAACAGAAGAACAGAUCCGUUUGGCUCAGAUGAUCUAUGACAAAAAUGACACAGUCUGUGAAGACAAAGUCAAACAGCUGAUUGAAGUCACUGGCAAGACUCAAGACGAGUGCAUGGUCGCCCUUCAUGACUGCAAUGAGGAUGUUAACAGAGCCAUCAACUUCCUGCUUGAGAGCACCUCGGAUACAAACUCCUGGGAGACGGUUGGGAAAAAGCGGAGCCUUGGGAAAGAGGGAAGUUCUUCAGAGGUAAAGGAGAGCCGCGAGAAGAAGGGAGGCGAGCGGGAAGCUAGUCGUGGGCGAGGGGGGGCCAACAGGAGAGGCCGCGGGAUCAGCAGAGGACGCGAAGGUCGUGCCGAGGAGAAUGGCUUUGAGGUGGUCCCUGCAGAGAGGGGGGGAGACCGUGGACGCAGAGGACGAGGCAGAGGGCCAGGCGGUCGUGGUCGAGGAAGAGCAGCUGCAGGCACCAGGUUUGCCCAGGUUAUGGGCACCUUCAAUCCUUCCGAUUACGCGGGCGGUCGCCACGGGAAUUGGGAGAAUGAUGCCAACGAGACUGCUGAGGCACCCGCAACAUGGGGAGGCAACCCAGAAGAUUGGACUACAGAAGACUGGAAUGAAGAUUUAUCUGAAACCAAAGUAUUCACUUCCUCUGCAACUCCGGGAAACCACAAUGUGGACCUGACAGGACUCCUGCCAACGCCUGGAGUCUCUGUGGAGUCUGACUUGGUCGAUGGACCCUCUGCCGAGGAUCUGGGGCAAAGCCUGGUUUUCACCAACUCCCACCAUAAUGGACGCACGGCCACCCACAGCUACGCUCACGCUGCCUCUGCUAGCACCACCUAUGCGCACGCUGCACUGUCUUCAGUCCCAGGUCUUGGUCUUGGGUCCCUGAAUGCACCCAAGCCGGCACCAGUCUCUGAUGCCAGGACAGCAGAUCAGCUCAACGGGCCUCCGCUUGGUCAGAGAGCAAGUCAGAUUCCGGCUGCUCCUGUGACCAUCGGCAGUAGCGUUUCCAAAGAUACUGUGCCGCCUGCAAUACCCGCAUCUGCCCCCUCGCCCUUGGUCGAAAUCAAACCUCAGAGAUUUGACAACGGACCAUUAACUGGUCUAAACGUGGAGAUGAAGCUUCAGCCAGAACCCUCUGCAGUGCUCAGCCAGCUAUCACACAGGCACCAACAAUCUUCCAUCCUUCCCAACUCGGAGCCUAUGCUUCUGUCCCAUUCACAAGCCCCACAAGUGCCCACACCACCAGGUCACGAGUCGUCACUCAUGCCUGCCAGAGAUGGAGCUUCUCCGGGAAUGAAGCUGCCCGGUCUGGACCCUCCUAUUACAGAACCACCUCCUAUGCGACACCUCAAGACGCAGAAGCGCAGAGUACCACCCCCAUCUAAGAUUCCCUCGUCAGCAGUGGAAAUGCCGGGCUCGUCUGAUGUCUCAGGCUUUAACGUUCAGUUCGGUGCACUGGACUUUGGUUCUGAGGCAGCUGCCGUCGAUGUGGCCCAGAAGGAGUCUUCCCGGGAGCAAGCACCAUUGGCACCUUCAGCGGUGGCAGCACUGUCCAUCCCCACUGCUGCCAUGCCCACACAGCAGCCACAGAGCUUGUUUUCCAAGCCUGCCUCUGUGAGUGAACACAUGAGCAGCAUACCCACCAUGCCAGAAGCCGACUUCCCCUCGCCGUCCUUGGGCUUACCCAGCACCACACCCUCGGCCUCCCUUGGCCUCACUGGUGUGGCCCCACAGCCCUCCUCCACAGCACCGACCCCUGGAAAACGGGUGGAGAGUGCCGUACCCAGAUCGCUGCCUCCCCACCUGGCCUUCGCUCAGAGCAAAGAAAGCCCGCCAUCUGUUGCCGCGCCCCUCACAAAUGGUUACUGUGGCAUGAAGGUGCAAAGCACACAGGACGCCUUACCAUCACAGAGAACUGUGAAAACAGAAUCUCCAAUGAGUGACGGUGGCCCCAGCCACCACACACCUUCCCCCACAGUUACCACCACCCACUCGGCUGUCCUUCCCUCGCUCAACAGCCAGGUGAGCGGUUCUCAAUCAUCUGGACUAACCCACACAUCAAGUUCAUCUCUGCAAACAAGUAAUGUGGAGAGUGUUGGGGGCAAUCUCCACACCUUCUCCACGCCAUCCAGCCAGCCCCACAGUGCCACUCCCUCGGCUCAGCUGGCUGUUAGUAGUUCAAGCACCAACAGCGCUACGCACCUGUCUGGAGCCCCCGGACUGACCCAGAAUGGCACCAAUGGUGCUCUUUCAGCUGCAAACAGCCGCACUGCGCCCCUACUCACCACCACCGCUGGUAAAACUCCGCCCAACUUGGCCCAAGGAGUACCCCCUCUGCUAGCCAGCCAAUACAUUAUGGGCCCUGGUGGCUUACUCCCUGCUUACCCGCAGAUCUAUGGUUAUGAGGACCUGCAGAUGCUGCAGUCUCGCCUUCCUAUUGACUACUAUGGUGUAGCAUUCCCUGGUACAACGGCAGCCAUGGCUGGAAGAGAGAGCCUGGCCAACAAUCCUUACUCGGGUGAGGCGACGAAGUUUGGCAGAAAUGACUCUUCAUCCCCGGCGCCGCCAACCAGCCUGUCCGCAGGCGGCGUGCAGUCGCAGGCCCAGCAGGCACCGCAGGCCGGUACGCAGGGGCAGGGUCAAGGCCAAAGCCAAGCCCAACAGAACCAAAACCAGACCUUCCUCAACCCCCCACUACCACCUGGCUAUGGAUACACUGGUCUGCCGUAUUACGCGGGCAUGCCUGGCGUCCCCUCAGCCUUCCAGUACGGCCCCACUGUCUUUGUACCUCCUACUUCGGCCAAGCAGGCUACCAUGGGCCUGGCCAACCCUUCCAGUCAGUACCACCAACAGCACCAGCCCACCUAUGGACAGCAUGCAUAUGGCACAGCCUUUGACGACCUGUCUCAAGCCCACGCUGGGGAGUACAAUAAGGGAGGGUACGGAGGCUCUGCCCAGUCUCAAGUUGCCAAGUCGGCGGGCAGCGGCCCAGGGAAAGCACCUGGAAUGUCUGGAUCGAGCAGCACUGGAGGUGUACCUGACAUGAGUGCAUCCAUUUACAGCAAAACACAGUCCUUCGACAAGCAGGGCUUCCACACGGGGACGCCGCCGCCCUUUAGCCUGCCCUCAGCCCUUGGUGGUGCUGGGCCUUUGAACCCCGGGGGAGCGCCAGGCUAUGCGCCAGCCCCCUUCCUGCACAUUUUGCCCCCACAUCAACAGCCUCAUUCUCAGCUGUUACAUCACCACCUCACACAGGACACCCAGGGCGGUCCGGGUCAGCGCAGUCAGUCAAGCAGCAUGCAGCAGAAAAGCCAAGGCAGCAAGUCUAGUUACGGCAGCUCUCCCUACUGGGGCAACUGAGGAUUGCUUCUAAAACACCACACCAAUAACCCAUAUUCCUUCCUCUUUUGUGCGCUCAAAUCAACCAAAAGGAAAGACACACACACACACACACACACACAAAAGCAACCAUUCAGGCCCUCCUCUCACCCCCACUUCCAUUAAGUCCUCAUAAUGGUUCUCUUCCUUCGCCGCCUACAAAUUGGUUGCUCUUGUAAGAUAUUCAUGUAUGUAUUUAUAUAAAUAUAUAGAUAUAUAUAGGUAUAUAUAUGUAAUAGUAUAAUUUGAUGAUGUGGGUUGCUACAUUUUUUGAAGGACUUUUUCUGGUUAAGUUUUAACACUGCAGGAAGAGAAAUUACAGGAAAUAGAAACAAGCAGAGAACAACAGCACUGAUUGAGAUAUGAGGACUGUUCUGAUGGGGGCGAGGGAGAUAGCCACCACAACUACUGCGUUUUUUUUUUGUUUUUUUAUGUACAUUACACACACACAAUCCAUCCCAUCUGCAUUUUGUAACUUUCCCCAUCUCUCGUGUCAAAGACGCAAACCGCCCGCCCAAAUUUUAUAUUUUAAUUUAAUUUUAAUCCUCAUUGCCCUCCAAUUAAAGGUUCUGAGACAUUGAAAGUUCAA